GAGAGACUUCUUUGCCCAAAUAGUAAAUGUACAUCCACAUACAAUUAAUUAUACGAUUGUGACCACAAACCUUCCUAGCAUAAUAUACAGACAAUACACAAAGAAAUGCACAAAACCCAACAAAUACAGACUCACAAGUUCACCAUUAUCAUGUCCUUGGAUUCUUUUCUUUUCUUUUCUCACUCUCCAAACAGAAAAUUCACAAACCCUCUCUCCCUCAAUCCCCUCUUCCAAGGCCAUGAAGCAUAGAAAACUCUUUCCUUUUUUAACAGACAUUAACCAAACUCAGUGUCCAGAUUUCUGUGACCAAACCUGUCCUUAUGGUUGUUUCCCAUAUCCAACCUUCUAUUUCAUUCCUCCACCACCACCACCACCACCGCCGCCGCCGCCGCCGCUGCCACCACUUUCAACCGAUGAAAUCCAACUAGUCUCGCCAUAUGUGAUCGUCAUAGUUUCUGUUCUUGCCAUCUUCUUCAUUCUCGUAAGCUACUAUUUAAUCAUCGUCAAGUACUGCACCGGUUGGAACCGGGUUAGGCCACCGCCACCAACCCCAUCGGACGGCCAAGAUGAAGAGUUCCUAGAAGAAAACCAUGGGCCACCACCAAUUGAUCACCAUGUCUGGCACAUAUCAACUAUUGGCCUCCAACCAUCGAUCAUUAACUCGAUCACAAUCUUUAAGUACAAGAAAGUCGAUCGUUUGAUCGAAGGUACAGAGUGUUCGGUCUGUUUGAAUGAGUUUCAGGAAGGUGAGACUCUUAGGCUACUACCCAAGUGUAAUCAUGGAUUUCACAUUCCUUGUAUUGACACUUGGUUGAGAUCACACACCAAUUGUCCACUCUGCCGUGCCGGUAUUGUAUCGCACAUUACAAGUACUUCUUCUGCUUCAAAUGGCCAGAGUUCUUUGAAUUUGAAUAGUGAAGAAGGUACCCAGAUGGAGAAUUUAGAGAGUGGUGGUGAAUUGGCCAACAAUUGGGCUAGUGAUUGUGAGGUUUGUGAAAACAGGGCUGAAACAGAGGAUGAAGUUGAAUUACAACAUAUGGUUGAUGAGAGAAAGUUGAAUCCUAAUGAAAUUGGUGUUUUGGAAGAUAAUGAUAUGAUUAUGGAGGAUGAGAUACAACCGGUGAGGCGGUCUGUUUCAAUGGAUUCUUCUUCGGAUGCAACUAUCAGUCUCAAUAUGGCUAACCAUUGUGUGGUUGAAUCGGAAGGAAAUUCAAUUGAUCAAAGAGAGGAUGCACAAAAAUCUGAUUUGGGUCUUGUUGAAAAGCAAGAUUGCACAAAUUCAAGGAGUAGUUCCUCAAUUGCACAAUCUCUUCACAAAUGCCCUGUUGCAAUGAAGAGAUCAUUUUCAUGUGGUGGUAGGUUGUUUUUAUCAAGGCUUAGCCGGAACUCGAGUUCAAUUCUUCCCUUGUGAAUGUGAUAAAUAGCUCAAUGCACGACACAGAUACUGGAAAUCAGAGUGAGGGAAAAGUUUUGUACACAGAAUUCAACUACAGAAUUUAAAAAUAGGCGCAACAUUCAUGCGAGUGCUCUUCCUAUUCUCCUAUGGUUGAAUUCCGUGUACGUAGAAUUGUAUAUAAAAUAUUCUCCUAUGGUUGAAUUCUGUGUACGUAGAAUUAUAUAUAAAAUAAGCAAUGAGAUGCUAAAUCGUGUCCCAAAAAAAUGGAUAGAGCUAUAAAGAGGACUUCGCUUGGGGUUGGGUUUGAUGAGUAUGUGCAAAAUACAGUAUAUAAAAUGCAAAAUGUGGCAACAAUUCGAAGGAAACAGGUAUUGAAAUUUUCUAAGCCAAACUGGCUUUGUAAAGUGAACAGCUUGGUUUGUGCAAUGUUCUAUGAGUUGCAAAUUUCUUGUUGAAUUUAAUAGUAAUAACAAUAAUGCGUAUAUGACUAUAUCCAAACUGUAUUUUGUUUCAACUUUUAAUCAAGUUUCAAGAAUUCUUGAUAUUAUGUUUGUUAGUGUUUUACAUAUAUGAUAUGAUCUCAAAUUACCUCA